CAAGAUUCAACUAUUUCACCAUGACUGGUCUUGUUAGAGCAUUUCCAAGACUAUUGACUCGUUCAACUGCCUUGAAUCAAUUCUCCAGAGCAUCUGUUUAUCGCUCUACAUCGACUGUUCUUCGUUCGCUGGCUACAACUGUUGCAUCAUCCGAUCCUUCUGUCAAGGAAAAUGCAGUGCUUUACAAGAUCGAGUCAAAAAGAGCCGAAAGUAAACUGGGCGGUGGUCUCAAGCGUAUCGAGGCUCAGCACAACAAGGGCAAACUCACUGCUCGCGAACGAGUUGAUUUGCUGCUUGAUUCUGGAUCGUUUUGUGAAUACGAUGCGUUUGUAGAACAUCAAUGCCAUGAUUUUGGAAUGGCAGACACAAAGAUCACUGGUGAUGGUGUUGUGACUGGGUAUGGAACCGUAAAUGGUCGCUUGAUCUACGUUUUUAGUCAAGAUUUUACUGCAUAUGGUGGAAGUCUUUCAAAGACAAAUGCUCAAAAAAUCUGCAAGAUCAUGGACCAGGCAAUGCUUGUUGGUGCUCCUGUCAUUGGCUUAAACGACUCGGGUGGUGCUCGUAUUCAGGAAGGUGUCGAUUCUCUUGGUGGAUACGCUGACAUUUUCCAAAAAAAUGUGCUGGCCUCUGGUGUUAUUCCUCAAAUCUCUCUUAUCAUGGGUCCUUGUGCAGGUGGUGCGGUAUACUCUCCGGCACUCACUGACUUUACAUUUAUGGUGCGCGAUACAUCUUAUCUUUUUGUUACUGGGCCCGAGGUUGUCAAGGCUGUCACUAAUGAGCAAGUCACCCAGGAAGAGCUCGGUGGAGCUGGUCCCCACACCACCAAAUCAGGUGUUGCACAUUUGGCCUUUGAUAAUGACAUUGAAGCGCUUACUCGUCUUCGCGAAUUCAUCGACUUUUUACCACUUUCCAACCGUCAUCCCAUUCCUGUUCGUCCCACCGAUGAUCUACCCAAUCGCAAAGACUCUGCACUGGACAUUCUUGUCCCUUCAGACUCUACUAAAGCGUAUGAUAUCAAGGAUGUCAUUACCCGUGUUGUUGACGAUGGCAACUUUUUUGAAAUCAUGCCCGACUUUGCUAAAAACAUUGUUGUUGGGUUUGGUCGUCUUGAUGGUGAAACCGUAUCCAUCAUUGCUAAUCAACCCACUGUAUCCUCUGGUGUUCUUGACAUCAAUGCAUCCAUCAAGGCUGCUCGAUGGGUCCGGUUUUGCGAUGCCUUUAAUAUUCCGCUUUUGACAUUUGUUGAUGUACCCGGUUUCCUACCCGGCACUGCUCAAGAGCACAACGGUAUUAUUCGUAAUGGUGCUAAACUGCUUUACGCUUAUGCUGAAGCCACCGUUCCCAAAAUCACCGUCAUUACUCGCAAGGCUUAUGGUGGUGCUUACGACGUCAUGAGCUCAAAGCAUCUUCGUGGUGACAUGAACUACUCUUGGCCAACAGGUGAAAUUGCCGUGAUGGGUGCCAAAGGUGCAGUCGAAAUCAUUUUUAGAUCCGUCAAGGAUAAAAGUCAAGCAGAAGCCGACUACAUCACCAAAUUUGCCAACCCACUCCCAGCUGCUCAGCGUGGAUUCUUGGACGAUGUCAUCAUGCCCUCUGAAACUCGAGCGCGAAUCAUUCGAGAUCUAAAAAUGCUCAAAACUAAAAAACUUGUCAAUCCUUAUAAAAAGCAUGGUAACAUUCCUUUGUAAUUGCACGGGGUUGUGGUUUGAUCUCUGAUACGUUUGUUGUAUACCAAUAAACAAUCGUUUUUCGGC